GGAGGCGGCGGGCGGCGCAGGGCCGAAGCAGCCCUCGGCCUCGGCCCGCCUUGACCCCUGGGCGGUGGGAGGCCCUGCCUGGACCCCCGGGCGGAGCGGGCAGCUGGCCAGUGACCCGCAGGGGCUCGACCUGGUCCCUGACAUCAUCUCGGUGCGGGUGAGGCUGGAGGAGACCGGGGAGCUGUUCCGGGUGGCACACUGCCGCAGCGACAUGACUGUGCGGGAGCUCAAGGAGGACCUGGAGCUGCUGGUCGGCAUCCCCUUCCACCUCCAGCGGCUGCAGUACCUGGACCGAGGAGAUCUGAUGGACAACACUUCGCUGAGGUUCUACGAUGUCGUGCCGGGCGGAGUCCUUUCUCUGUGUGUCUGGCAUUACGAUGGUUGGACCGACCUGGUGGUGGCUGCGGUGGAAGGGGAUCCCAGUAAGCUGUUCUGUCUUGGCAUCAGCGAAGAUUCUUUCUACCGGACUGCGAACUCUGAGCGUCUUGUGGGCGCAGCGUGGAAGCAGUGGACAGCUCAGAGGGCCUUCGUGGCGCUGUACAUUGUCUCCCACAGAGGUCAUGCUCAGGCUGUGCAGUACCUUCUAGAACACGGAGCCAGCUGCCUCAGCAAGUCCCCAGUGGGCAGGACGGCCCUGCAUGUGGCCGCGGCCAUGGGCCGCCUGGACUGCAUCACCAUCCUGCUGGAGUUCGGGUCCUCCAUCCACGCCAGGGACGCCCGCGGGGAGACGCCCAUCACCGUGGCCCGCCGUCUGCAUCGCAAGCAGAGCGAACGGCGCAUGUUCCUGCUCUACUGGCUGGCCACCGCGGCGUCAUCCAAGGGCCUGGACAACCAGGCCGCCAGGAAGUUCUUCCGGCAGGUGGCGCUGGCUCAGGGUCUUGUAAAACCCUGAAGCCGCCCCACCCCGGGGGGCGGGGACUUUAUGGAGCUCAGGACCACUGGGGACCCCCCACUACCAGCCCACCUCGGUCAUCAGAGCAGAAAAACAUGACUUGUCCCUCUGACUCCAGCGCCCAGUGUGCUGUCCUGUUUGCCAGG